UCAUUACCAACAUCUUCCGCCUGCCGCCUUCGAAGCCUUCCUGGACGAGGCUACCAAUCACCUCGCACCUUCUCUUCCACGGCAGGCGACGGAAAGGCAGUAUUGAUUUAUACUGGUGCGCAUGCAGGCGUCAUUCGCACGCUUAAACGCGUCUCACUGACCACCUGUAUCAUUGGUCUUUUUUCAACGCCUUUUUUUCUCACCUUGGGAUCGGAAUCCGUACCUAUGAAAAAGGGCAUGCACGAGUGUAAAGUUUGUAUGGGCUGGAUUUCUCCUCAUACUGCUGCUAACGUCGCGCUAACUGGCAUUGUCCUUCUGGCUACGUGCGGGCCCACAAUUCUCCUUCAUGCCUUCACCAAACCUUACAUUUUUGCUCUGCGUGUCGCUCCAUUUGUGACCGCCGAUAACGAUUUGGAGAUUUCUGACAGCGGAAAGACGAUGGCGACCAAGGCGCAACAAAAAGAAAAUCUUGAAAAAGUCACAGACUAUGUUGAAGAGAGCGUGCUGGAUGCGGACCGUAUGGCAAAAGCCAUGUCUUCCCUGGAGAGUGACAAGAGCGGUGCACGGGCAGCAGCCGCUAAACUAGCGAGUAGCGAGUGGGCUGCGGUCAAGGUGAAUCCCAACGACGUCAAGUUUAUCGUAGGCGAGUUGGAAGUGACCAGUGAAGCGGCAGAACAGGCACUCAAAGAAAGCGGAGGAGAUGUGGUAAAAGCGUUACAACGACUUCUACCCUGAUUUAAAGUCGACUGUGCUUUCAUAUGGCAGAAAGUAGGGCGAAAGAAACAUGUAAACAGCCUUGA